UUGGAGAAAAGCAGCAUGCUCAUUCAAUAAAAUUAAUGCGUAGCUUAAAAAUGGCCUCGUUCGAGUGAGAUUAGCCGACUGUUAAGACUUUAAAGACUGCCUGUGGCUUCCCGUAAGUAUGUAUGCAGCCGUUUAAAACGCGGGAAAUUUAAAAGUAUCGUUUUAUAGUUGAAACUAAUUGGGGAUUGAUGUAAGAGACCUCAAGGAUACCUGGGAUUGUCAUAUGUAUACCGUUGUUUUAUUCACCGAUGUUUUUGAGAGCUUCAUAUUCUAUGAGUCGUUUGUUUCUUGUGGAUUCUUAUGUUUGGCUCCAUCCAUGCAUAGCUUUAUUUAUACGUAUACUGUCUGAAAUCUUUAUUCAGCAUCUCAACCUUAACAAAAAGAAAAAAUGGAAUUUGCCUUCACUUAUAAUUAUAAUUCACUGCUUGUUUCAGCUAUUUUCUCAAUUCCGGUUCUGCUCUACUUUGUAGCUCACAUUCACAAGCUGUUCAAGUUCAGAACAUCAGACGCACUAGUCCAGCAACCACCCGGCAGCACUGGAUGGCCCAUCAUUGGAGAAACAUUAGAAUAUCUAUCCACAGCGAAAAACGGGGUUCCUGAAAAAUUCAUCAACGAUCGAAGGAAGAAAUACUCUCGGAACCUCUUUAAAACCUCUAUGCUCGGCCAACCUACUGUGUUUUUGUGCACUGCCGAGGGCAACAAAUUUAUAUUCUCCAAUGAGAAUAAGCUUGUCAUCCCUUGGUGGCCUAGCUCUGUCGAUAAAUUCUUUGACACUCAAAACGUAUCCAAAGCCGAGGAGUCUAUGAAAAUGCGCAAAUUUGUCACCCCUGUUCUGAAACCGGACACUCUCCGCAGCUACGUCUCCGUUGUUGAUGCUAAAACGAAACAGCUUCUUCAGGCUCGUUGGGAUGGCAAACGAGAAGUUGAGGUUCACCCUUUUGCUAAAGAUCUCACGUUUAUAUUAGCUUGUCGAUUGCUUUUAGGUAUUGAUGAUGAGAAGGCCAUUUCUGAGCUUCAAAAGCCAUUUGGUCCCUUCUCAACAGGGCUUCUAUCGCUUCCUAUUGAUCUCCCUGGGACUAAUUUUAGGCGUGCCGUUAAAGCUGCAAAGCAGCUUCGCGGCGAGUUUGAAGUUAUGAUCAAGCAGUGGAAGAGUGACAUAUCACAAUCACACGGCAUGUUGUCUCAGCAUUUAGUAGAGGAGGGUCAAUCGGGAAGCGACGCCGAAAUGGCAAUAAGGAUUUUAGCUUUGAUAAGCGCCUCGUACGAUAAUGUAAGCACUGCAAUGACCUUUGUGGUCAAGUAUCUAGCCGAGCUGCCUGAUGUCUACGAUGCUGUCUUAAAAGAGCAAUUAGAGAUUGUAAGAGCAAAAGAAGCAGACGAGCCUUUGAAUUGGGAUGACAUACAGAAGAUGAAAUAUUCAUGGAAUGUGGCAAGUGAAGUACUUAGAAUCCAUCCACCGGCUAAUGGAGCUUUUAGAGAGGUCAUCGCAGACUUCAAAUAUUCUGGCUGCCUGAUUCCCAAAGGCUGGAAGCUGCAUUGGAAUGCAUAUGCAACGCAUAGAAGUGCAGAAUACUUUCGAGAGCCGGAGAAGUUUGAUCCAUCAAGGUUCGAAGGAAAGGCGAUAGUGCCUUAUUCUUAUGUUCCGUUCGGAGGAGGAGCUCAUAUGUGUCCUGGCAAAGAGUAUGCCAGAAUUGCAAUACUUGUGCUGAUGCAUAAUGUGGUUACCAAGUUCAGAUUGGAGAAGGUGUUUGCUGAUGAGAAAGUGAUUGGACUUCCCGUUUUACGGCCAGCCAAAGGCCUUCCGGUUCGCCUUUAUCCUCUACAACUUUAACACUUCAUCUGUAAUUUAGUUUCUCCAUUCAUUAAUGAUUAAGCAGCAUCUAUGUAUCCACUAAUUAAUGAAGGCCAAAUCCAUCUUAAGGUUUUUGUACAUUUAAA